AGUAAACCAUUGGUAUAUGGAUUACUUUUACCGUUAAUCAAACAACCUCCUGAAAUAGAUCUUGUGCCUAAUCAUUUAGAGCAACAACAAUACGAAGGCGAAGAUGAAGGUGUUUCUAAACGUUUUGAGGAUUGGGAUGAUGCCAUGAUUGACAUUUACAUUUCUAUUUUUAGUCAAAAAUUCCAAUUAUUGAAUGAACCAGAAGAGAUAUUGUCAAGAUUUUUAAAAUACUUGGAUUUUAAUAUUGAACAAAAACCAGAAAAUCAAAAAUUAGGACAACUAAUGAUGAUUAUUGUUACUAAACAUUCUAACGAUAUCAUGGAAAUGUUACAAGAAUUGAAAGAUAUAAUUGAAAAAACAAAAUCAUAUUUUAAAAGAAUUGUUUUGGUGCAUUUGAAUAAAUUAAUGAACAACCAAGUAUAA